CUAUCGAACUGACACCACCAACUUUUAACCAUAGAAAUCCACAGCAGCUACAGCCAAAAUCAAAUAAGCAGUCUAAUAUCGCCUUAAUACUAGACAGAAGAUAAGGAGACAAACAAGCCUUUUAAAUCACGAGUCAAACUCCUGCCCUGCGUUGUUUUGUUGUAAUUAUUAUUAAAUUGACUGACUUAUUUUCAGGCAGUUCAGCAAGUUCAGCUAGGUGGCUCCUUCACAGUGAACGGACUGACCGCAUCUGCCCCCGCCAGCGGCCAGGCCAGGAAAGGCGGCCCAAAAUCACGUCUCCGACGUCUUGACAGAGAGAGGCCUAGCGAGACUUGACUUAAAGUUGAGUUGAGAUUUGUCUCUUGACUUGAGUUGCUAUAUUGUGGAAUGGCUAUCCUCACACGUUGUUGCUGUUUUACUCUUCGCAAUGGCUCUAUCGCUGCAGCUAUUUAUUCCUUGAUUCAAUCAGCAUUAGCUCUUGGAAUAUCAUCAUUUAAGAUUCACAUGUAUGUAAUACACCAUGUUAUACAAGAAAUGCCAGAUAAAGACCGUGCCCUGUUCAUUGCUACAUGUGUUGAUGUUGGAUUCUUCUCACUUCUCUUCUUCUUCUCCAUCAUUUUACUCUAUGGAAUCAAGAAUAACAAACGAUUCCUGUUCCUGCCGUACAUUGUGUGUAUGACAGUGCUGAUUAUCUUAAUGUGUGUGAUAAUCCUACUGCUAGUUGUGGUUAUUGUAACCUCAAUGGAGUCGGAAGUAUUGGGACUUCUCAUCGUCUCAUUCUUUACUGGACUGAAUCUUUACUGUGUGUUGUGUGUAACAUCACUGUAUCGGGAAUUCAAGGAGGGUCGGUAUGGAAUGAGAGCUAUAUACCGGGCCCAGGGAGGCAGACUUUCUAACUCUGAGAACCCGAUUGAGAAAGUGGAGGACAUCAAUAACUUUGAGAAUGCCAACUUCAUUCCUCAGUACCCUGGUCCACCUGCCCCUAGUGAUACCAGUGUCACCCCUCCACCACCCGUACCUGAUCCAGUACCCUACUCUGCUCCCAUGAUGGGAGCACCUCCUCCUUAUCAACCUCCUGCAUACCCUGCUGAGAACUACCCAAAGACAGAUGUCCAGACUGCUUGACCGCUCGUCCUGGGUGAAACUACACGAUGACGUUGCAGGUUUAUAGAAGAUGAUUAUUGUGCUUUGCAGCAGAAGAAAGAUGUUCUACUGUUAUUAUGCACCUGCUUGUGAAUGUUGUUACAUCUUGCCAAUUUGUAUUGACUUUUGUAUUUUUUUGGGGGGGGCUCACUAAUCCUUUACUUUACAUAGACAACAAGGAAGAUAAUGUUAUUCAAAGUUUGAUGUGUGGCAGGCAAAGUUUUGAGAAAUAAGUGGCUAUAACAAACGACGUAGAUGAUUCUUCCUUCAACCACCAGCCUUCUCGAUCAACAGGGUUAUCAUUGCAAACUUGCAGAAUUAUGACAUGCAAGUGAAACAUUGUCAGUGAGAUACUGCCAUUUAACCUCUUGAAUCAGUUGUCUUUGUAGAGCUAUUUCUAAUGUUUAAAAAAAUAUCUGUUUAUGGGUCAUGUGAUCAAAAUAAUUUUUAGUUAUGUCAUGUAACUAAGUCAUGCCAAUAUAUCAACUCAUAAUAUGGUUUCAUGAUGGGAUACCUGUACAAGAAUAAAGAAUGUAAUGUUGAUCAAUUAUAUUUUUACAAGAUAAAAGGAGAAAUUAUUAUGCUUAUAUUUGAUAGUAUUCUGCAUGUGUAUAUAUUGCCUGUUUGUGACCAACUCUAAAAAUGUAUGCCUUUGCACAUAAUGAUGUGUACUGAUAGUAGAUCAUGUGAUUAAUCCAAGGUUUAUGUGUUAUUCACUUUGUUUUGCCUCUGCCAUCACUUUUUUAUUGCAAUGAUCUUGAAUGCUUUGUUGUAGUGUAAGUAUUAUAAGAAACCUUACAUGCCUUAAACUUGAAAUUACAUUGUAUACCACCAAUCAAAAUCACAUUCCUAGAGUUAGAAGUUAUUGGCAUAGUGUGGCAACUGAUACGUGUUCUUUGCUGUUCCAUUGCUCUGUUCUCAUUUUAUACAUAAGACUGUCUUUUGAAGUUUAUGAGCUGUUUGUGUACAAGUUUAAUCCCUUGAUGAUUGUAACAUGGUGGUCCCUGUUUAAAGAUAGUGGGGAUAAUUGAAUGGCAGUCAAUUUGUCAUGAAGUAUUUUUUUACUCAACCAUUUCUUGCUCAGAAAAUGUAAUAUGUACUGUUUAUAUUCUGUACUGUUAAUAUAUAUAAAGACAUAUACACCAGAAAUAUUAAUAUAAGUGCAAUAUAAAGUUUAUAUAUUUUUGUCUCGCCUGCAUAGCAGAGCUUAUCCUACGGGGGCUGCGAAGAAGAUGACGGCGGCGUCAACAUUGAAAUCUUAACCAAGGUUAAGUUUUUGAAAUGUCAUCAUAGCUUAAAAAGUGUAUCGACCUAGUUCAUAAAGCUUGGACAUAAGGGUAAUAAAGUAUUACUGAACAUGUUGCCUGAGUUUCAGGCCACUUGACUAAGGUCAGAGGUCCCUUAAGGUCAUUGAAAUUUGGCCAUGUUGGGGGUAUAUUUUGAAUUGGUAUCAUAACUUCAUUCAAUUCAAUUAAAAAAUUGUCUUUAUUGAUAGGCAAACAUGUUAACAAUUACACAUGAAAAAACAGUAGAAGCUGGAAAAAUCAUGUUUACAAGUUGGUGUUGGCACAAUUAAAUACAUAGUAAGAUGCAUUAAGAAAGGCUAUACAUUUUAAAGUUAAUACAAAUUAGAUAAAGCAUAAAAGGAAUGAAUGAAUGUAUGUAAUAUGAUAAUGGCAGACUUGAAGGAGAGGAGACCGACACUUAUUUAAAUAACCAAAAUAAUUGUAUUGUGGGUUGGGGGUGACCAUUGUACAUUGCCUUUCCUAGUUGUUACACUGAUCUUUUGUU